AUGGAAUAAAUCCCAAUCAAAGAGACCAUACUCCAAAAAUAUUUGAAAAUCAAGAAGAGGUAUUUUCCGGUAUAGAAUCCAAUCAAAUUAGUUGUUGAAUCUUAUGAAGGAGAAAUCUAGUUACAUACAGUUGAAUACCCAAAUGAAGGUACUAUGAGAGGAGUAGUAUUUAUAUUUCUAGGCCAAGGCUCUUACAUGGAUUUUUAUGGAGCCAUAUUUGAGCAAUUUGCUAAGCAAGGCUAUAGACUAUUUGGUAUGGAUAGAUAGGGCUUUGGGAAAAGUGAAGGAAAGAGAGGGGACAUUGGCCCUGAUCCAGUGAAUGAUUAAUUGAUAUUCGUAGAUAAGAUUAUUGAAGCAAAGAAGCUUUAAGAUGCCAAAAAGUACAUAUUAGGAAUGUCAUUGGGUUCACUGCUAGCUGCGAGAAUGAUUCAGAUGAGACCAGAUUUCUUCGAUGGCGUUAUAUUUACUAUCCCAUGGUUUGCCAAUCAUGAUUUAUGGCACAUAAACCCAAUCAAGAGAUGGUACAUAGAUUUUAUCUCUUGUUGUUCCAGAGAUUCUGUAUUCACACGAAUGAAAAGAUCUGAAGAGUAUGAGGAGUACUUUACCUAUAUAAAGGAGCAUGAUCCGCUGUAUGUGGGAGUGUUCAGGCAUAAUACCUUGAGUAAAUGCCUAAUGAUGUAAGACAAACUGAAGCAAGAAUGGUCAAAAAUUAAGAUUCCUGUGUUUAUGGCGCUAGCAGGAAAUGACGUUGUUGUCUCUAACAAACUAAAUGAAGAACUUUAUUAGUAGAUAUAUCAUAAGAUGAAUAAAUGUACAACCUAUGAAGGAAAGCCUCAUAUGCUAUUUCAUUAAGAGGGAGAUUACAACCAGCUUAUUGUUGAUAGUAUUGAGUGGUUAAAAAGUUUAGAUAAUCAAGAUAAGGUUGCAGAUGGCGAUGCCUUUGACAUUCAUUAUAAACUUAACCUUUGA